UGUGGGCUGUCAUGAACGCUAGGUCAGGUAUGUUUUCAUGUGAGGUUUCUGGGCCUUCUCUGCGGCGGAUAUGGAUUCAUUCGCCUGGCUUAUUUAGUUAACAACCUAAAUAUUGCUAUAUAAUUACACACACGCACACACAAAAAUGUUUGGCCGUUCAAGGAGCUGGGUCGGAGGACAGGCGAAGUCCAAGAACAUUCACUCGUUGGACCAUUUAAAGUACAUGUACCAUGUUCUGACAAAGAACACAACUGUGACUGAUCACAACAGGAACUUGUUGGUAGAAACCAUUCGAUCCAUUACUGAGAUUCUUAUCUGGGGUGAUCAGAAUGACAGCUCUGUGUUUGACUUCUUUUUGGAGAAGAACAUGUUUGCAUUUUUUCUCAACAUACUACGGCAGAAAUCCGGGCGUUAUGUGUGCGUCCAGCUUUUGCAAACGCUUAACAUCCUUUUUGAGAACAUAAGCCAUGAGACGUCUCUUUAUUACUUGCUUUCCAAUAAUCAUGUCAAUUCCAUCAUUGUGCAUAAAUUUGACUUUUCCGAUGAGGAAAUUAUGGCCUACUAUAUUUCCUUUUUGAAGACUUUGUCUCUGAAACUCAACAAUCACACAGUUCACUUCUUCUACAAUGAGCACACUAAUGAUUUUGCCCUGUAUACGGAGGCCAUUAAGUUUUUCAACCACCCAGAGAGCAUGGUCAGGAUCGCGGUCAGGACGAUCACACUCAAUGUGUACAAAGUGGACAACCAGCACAUGCUGCAUUACAUCCGGGACAAAACAGCCGUGCCCUAUUUCUCCAACUUGGUCUGGUUUAUAGGCAGCCACGUCAUUGAGCUGGACAAGUGUGUGCAGACCGAUAAAGAACAUACGAAUAGAGGAAAACUGAGCGACUUGGUUGCUGAGCACUUGGACCAUCUUCACUAUCUAAAUGACAUCCUCAUCAUCAACUGUGAGUUUCUCAAUGAUGUGCUGACCGACCACCUGCUCAACCGUCUCUUCCUGCCCCUGUAUGUGUACUCUUUAGUCAGCCAAGAACAGUCAGAAGAGCGCAAGAUUAACCCUCAGGUGUCACUCUACCUGCUGUCACAGGUGUUCCUGAUUAUCCAUUACCGGCCACUGGUCAACUCCCUGGCCGAUGUCGUUCUGAAUGGAGAUCUGUCUGUGUUCUCCUUGCAGACGGAACAGAGUGCCCAAAAAGGUUCGAGCAAUGCUGGUGUGCGUCGCUUCGCUAAGCCAACAGAAAGUUUGGAGCGUUCCCUCGAGAUGAGCCGUCAGAAGGGGAGGAAGAGGGCCCAGAAACGACCCAACUACAAGAAUGUGGGUGAGGAAGAGGAGGAGGAGCGAGGUUCAGAGGAAGGGCCAGAUGACGAGAAGGAAAAGGCUAAAGGUACAGAGGCUAGCUCAAAGCCCAGCAGGACAAGUGGGGACAAGGAAGAGAUUGAGAUGGUGGUGAUGGAGAAGUGCAGGGUCUCUGAAGCGUCCACGUUAACCGAGCAGAACAUUACAGAUGAGGAGAAGAGUGCUGCGGCUGCAAGAUCUGAAGUCCAGAAAAGCAGGCCCUUCCUGGACAUGUUGUAUAAUGCACUGGAUUGUGACGCUGAGGAUUACCAAGCUCUGUUUGUGCUUUGCCUUCUGUAUGCCGUGUCUCAUAGUAAAGGUAUAAACACGGAGCUCUUAGAAAAGAUCCAGCUGCCCGUGCCAAAUCAGGAGAGGAGCUCUUACAGUCAGGUGUUAGUAGAGAGAGUCAUCCGGAUUAUGAGUCAGGCCGCUCAGCCAGAUGGGAAGGUGCGUCUUGCCACCUUGGAGUUAAGCUGUCUGCUUCUGAAACAGUCUGUGCUGUCUGGCUCUCAAUGCAUUAUAAAGGAUGUCCAUUUGGCCUGCAUGGAGGGUGCUCGAGAAGAGAGUCUCCACCUUUUGAGGAGGUUUUAUAAGGGGGAGGAGAUAUUCCUGGACAUGUUUGAGGAUGAAUACAGGAGCAUGAUGAGUAAGCCCCUGAACGUGGAGUAUCUUAUGAUGGACGCGUCCAUUUUACUGCCGCCCACCGGCACCCCCCUCACGGGCAUUGACUUUGUGAAGAGACUGCCGUGUGGAGACGUCGAGAGGACACGCAGGGCUAUUCGUGUGUUCUUUAUGCUGCGCUCGCUGUCCCUUCAGCUGCAGGGGGAACCAGAAACUCAGCUUCCUCUCACUCGACCUGAAGAUCUCAUCAAGACCGAUGACGUGCUCGACCUUAAUAACAGUGAUCUUAUUGCGUGUAUGGUGGUAAGCAAAGAAGGGGUUCAAGCUCAGCGUUUUCUGGCUGUGGAUGUUUAUCAGAUGAGUUUGGUGGAACCAGAUUCAAAACGUCUGGGCUGGGGUGUUGUCAAGUUUGCUGGCCUUUUGCAGGACAUGCAGGUUUCCGGUGUAGAAGAUGACAGCAGGGCUCUGAACAUCAUCAUUCACAAGCCCACAUCUAACCCUCACGCCAAGCCCGUCCCAAUCCUACAAGCUAAUUUCAUCUUCGCCGACCAUAUUCGCUGCAUCAUCGCCAAACAGCGACUCGCCAAGGGCCGCAUCCAGGCCAGGCGCAUGAAAAUGCAGCGGAUAGCAGCUGUUAUGCAACAAGGGGGAGGGAAGUCGACCAAUCUGAUUUACACUCUACUGGACCUUCCUGUCCAGCCUUCAACUGAAGUGCUUGGCUUCAGUCAGCCAUCCGUUGCAUCAUCUCUGCUGCCUUUCCGUUUCUAUGACCAGUCUAGACGAGGCCCGGCGUUCGCCUCUGUAGAUAAAGUUCCAGGUUUCGCUCACAUUGCCCAUCAUAGCUCCACAUCAGCCUCUUCCCCUUCACCUCCUUCUAGUGGAGACACCGGAGCCAGCGACCCGGCCGUAACCAGCAGUGCAUCAAUACACAAUGUCACACAAAGUCAAACAGGGCUCGCCUUGGCCCCAAGCCUCACCCCUGCGCCACAGCCCACCAUCUCUCUUCUAUCUGACAAUGAUGCCGAAACGCUGAGCGUCGACUCCUUGACCCUACUGCCUCCUGCCGACCCACCACGCCUGCGCUCCUUCAGCACCCAAUCCUCCGUCCAGGACGAGGAGACGGCGACCGCCGGCAGCGCAGAAGAUGAUGAAGGAAUUCCAGCUGUUACGCAUGAGGACAAGAAAGACAUUUCAGUCAUACUCGAGGAAGAGGAGGCGUCUCCUGAAUCUGAACUGUCAGACGUGAUGCUUAAGGCAGAACCUGAGGAUUCAACAGCGGUCAAGGUUCAAAGGGAGGAAUCCGAAACAGACUCUUUAUGUGUCACGGCUAACCAAGAGGACAACCCCGACCUGGAGGAGGAGACUGCAAUAGACUGAAGCUAAAGCCUAGCGAUCCUAAAACUCUGAGCCUAAAUGUUUUCAAAGAAGCAAAAAAGUACAUUUGAUUGCCGUUUCAGUACUUUAGAUUCAUCAUGACUGAAUUUUUGCACAAUCACUGAUUGUGUACUAAAUCUGCACAGGCUAGUAAAGCUAGUUUGUACAUGCUUUUGGCCUAGUGGUUUAGGCCGUCGUUGUUUCAGAUGUGUGUAGGCAGCCACUUUAUCAAUACUCACUUCUGUUGAUUUAACACUGCGGUUCCAACUUUGAUGUAUUUCGUGAGACAACAGCGCUUUAACAAGAACAAUGACGUUAUUGAUGGUCAUGUGAGUUGCUCAAAGCACAGCCUGUGUGUGUGAGUGUGUGUGUGUACGUGUGUGACUGUCUUCUCAUUGUGUGUUUGUAAUGAUUUUGUAUGUUUGAUUUUAUAAUACUGAGUAGGCAAACAGGGAAAGGUGUUUAUAUAAAUAUGUAAAGAAUGAGAGGGUUAGCGGGGAAUUCCCGCUUAGUUUUGCUAGUCUUAACACUGAGGAAUGUAUAAAGAUUUUUUUGUCUGUCUAGCGGUGCUCUUUUCUGAAGUUAUAUUUUUUUGACUGAACUUUCAUUUGCACUUCAGCAUCGGAUUUCUAAAAAAGCCUUUGUCUUUCGGAGAAUGUAAAAAAAUGAUAACUUAAAGAAUAUUUUGUGUCAUUAUCACUAAAAAUACUCAUCCAGUAUGUCAGCCAAUUUUUUAUUUUUUUUGUCCAGAGCAUGAUGUCACCUUUUUAAAAAUAUAAAGUUAAUUUCCUGAGAAUUUCUGUCACUGCCACCUUCGCACUUUUGUUUAGUUUGACUCAUAGCUAUUAAGUUUUCUUUAAAAUACUUUAAAAUUACCUUAAUUACUUAAAUUAGGAAACAUUUUCUUUUUGCGUCUGUAUAAAAAUACUGGACAUUAUCACAGCUGGGUGUGAUGUAGUUAUGCUUUAAUUUUACUGUGGUGUUAUUUUUUUACCUGAAGAUUCAAGUUUGGCGGCUGUUACCACUAUUGGACUGAAACUAACUAUUAAUUUUCGGUUUCUAGAUGGUCGGUAGCACAUAGAACAGACGUGCGUUCACUGCGUGUGACGCACAUGCAGAUGCUCUGGUAGCUUUACCUGGAUUUAACUUUUAUUUACUGCGUUUAAUGAAUAUCACGUUAAAGCAAUAUAUUUAAUUCCGCUAAGUAUUUUGAGGACGUGUCUGUUUUUAAAAAAAUAAGGCAUAAAAAUAAUGGCUUAGUUUGCAUACAGUGUAAAGAGUUGUUUCUGAUUUAUUGUUAUAAUUAAUUUACCAACUGGAGCUGUCAAGGUCAUGCAAUAAAUUAUUCUGAUGUA